ACCACUUCGGGGACCAGGUUCUCAAGAGUCUGGGAAGAACCGAGACUUCUGGAAUUGAGCGCCAUCAUUCUCCUAUGGGGAGUUGCAGCCACUAAUUGGAGAAGCCACUUCUGACAGGCCCUGCUUCUCACACAGCCUCCCCUCCCUUUCCAAACACCCUGGGCCCAGGAGCUGAGAGCACAGAUCACAACUCAGGGUAAGCCAGCUUCCUAGGGGACCAGCCUCACGGGCAGCCCUGGGGGCGGCAGGAGCAGCCUGCCGUGCCAGACAGAGGGGCCAGGGCAUCUGGCCCCAAGGUCCACUCAGCAGCCCCGCUCUGGCCACGCCUCCACUCUUGGGCAACACAGCCGGGCUUUCGAGGCUCCUCCUCUCAGAGUCCCUCUCAGAGAGGCAUCUGCAUCUCCUUCGGCUUGAGCUGCUGAGGGAGCCAUGCCUCCCUUGAGGAGCCCUUCCCGGGCACAGUGCCUGCUGGGUGCCAUGGUGCUGUGGCUGUCCCCUCCUGUGAAGUGUGACUGCAGCCUGUUCCCUGUCAUCGCUCACGGCUCUGGCCAGGACAUGAGCUCAUUCUUCUCCUUUACCACUGUGGUGAAGUAUGAGUGUGAUGAAGGAUAUAUUCUGGUUGGAGAGCCCAAAAUCUCCUGCAGAAACUCACACUGGUCGGCCUCAGCACCCCAAUGUAGAGCUCUGUGUGCAAAACCACAGAUAGCACAUGGACAUCUGUCUGUGGAAAAGCGCCAGUAUGUGGAGCGGGAGAAUGUGACCGUGCAAUGUGACCCCGGCUAUGACAUGGUUGGCCCACAAACCAUCAGCUGCUCAGAGAACAGGACAUGGGACCCAGAGGUGCCCAGCUGUGAGUGGGAGGUCCAUACAGGCUGUGAGCCCGUGGCUGCUGGCAGGAUGCUCAUGCAGUGUCUCCCGGACCCCCAGGAUGUGAAGCUGGCCCUGGAGCUAUACAGACUCGCCCUGGAGAUCAAGGCCUUGGGCAGGCGUGAGCCACUGGGAGGAGACAGCUAGGAAUCGGAUAUAGGCUCCAGCUGCCUCUGCAUCCUCCAGUGGAGAGAAGCACCUCUCCUUGGCUGCCACUGGCCUCUGAAGGACACUUGCGAGCGGGCCCAUGGCCUCUAUGCUGAGCGGGACCCUCCCUCAGUCUCUGCUCCCGUGUCUUGCACUGCAGGGACAGAAAUAAACAGUUCUGCUCACAAAGCAGAGUCUGGUCUUCUGUGACUUCGGAGUCCAGGCAGAGCCUUGCUGAGGCUUCUCCCUCC